AUGGAUCAACAGCAAGGCCAAGGGCACCACAACAUGGGAGAUGAACAUGGGUCAAUGCCUGGUGGCUAUUUCUACGGUGGACAAGAUGAGCAACAGUAUAAUCUCGCUUACAAUCCGGGGAUGGCCUACAACCCUGCUGUAGCUCAACACGCCCCCCAAACGCGCUCCUUAGACCUGCAUCAGCAGCCAAUUCAGCAAUAUCACAAUCAUAUUCCGUUGCUGCCUGCACAUCAAUACCAGGCAAACGUGUUUCCAGGAUCCUCGCCUCAUGGCGCCCUGCCCGUUACCGGCACCCCUCCGCCACCCUCCCCAGACCUUAAUAUGUAUGACCACCCUCUGUCUCCUCCUGUCUCCGGAUCAGAAACAUCAGCAGACGGUCUAUACCACCACUCGAAUAGUAGUGGUGCCAACUCUCCCGUUUCUUCACGAGCGAACAGCCUAGUCCAUCGUACCGCGCGUUAUAACCCCACUCCAUCGCCCACAAGCUCGGCAGGUCGCAGGCGCGGUCGAUCCCACGAUUCAGACGAGGAAGACAACAUGGGUGUAGCAUUCGUUGAAAACCUUGCUCAUUCGCGAAAGGAAGCCACGAGACGACAGAGGAUAGAAGCCGAACAGCGUCGCAGAGACGAAUUGCGCGACGGCUACGCGAGACUGAAGGAGGUUCUCCCCAUCUCCAAUCAGAAAAGCAGCAAAGUUUCUUUGCUGGAGCGAGCCACGAACCAUAUUAUCGCCCUAGAAAAGGCCAACAAGGAAUUGGAGGACCGCAUAGCCGCAUUGGAAGCCGAAAUGCAACGGCUUCGUGGUGUCAACGAGAAGAUCUCGCUCUCUGCCAACAACACCCCUUCGCCUGCGCAUCCCAACACCAGACCCCUUUCUCCUCCACCGGAGGGUCAGCCCGUAGCGGGUCACUCCCUUACCUCUGUCAAAGGCCAGCAACCACCUUCGGAGCACUCGAGUCCAUCAGCCUCGGAAAACGGAUACUGA